GGAGAUGAGGUGGGUUAAGCCAAGGCAGUGUUGUAGAUUAAUGAGACACAGAGCGCAAAACUGACCAGCCGCCUUUUAAACAUGGUUUCCGUGUCUUACAUUUUACCAUGGGCUUUAUUUACAUGCGCCCUGGCGAGGUAUUUCCACGCUGGGGAAAAGUCGUUUGUGAGGAGGCCGCCGAGGGAGUUGAGCGGUGAUGAGGAGCGACAGAAGUUGGCACUCAAUGGACACACAUGCCCAACUUUUCCUGGAGUUGAGUCAGCGCUGCUAAACAACACCCACACUUUCAACUUUAAAGUGAGGACCAUGGGCUCCCUGUCACUUGCCUGGGUGGGAGAUGAAUCAGGGGUGUUGCUGGUGUUGACCACAUUCCAGGUGCCUUUGUUCAUGAUGCGAUUCGGACAGUCCAACCUCUACAGGAGUGAAGACUUUGGGAAGACGUUCACUGAUGUGACCCACCUGAUCAAUCACACCUUCAUCCAGACAGAGUUUGGCAUCGCUGUCAGCCCAGACCACUCUGGCAAGGUGAUCCUGACAGGUGAUGUGUCAGAUAUUGGGGGAUUUCGACUGUUUCGCUCACAGGACUUUGGCCGGACAUUCACAUCAUCUGAAUUGCCGUUUGAGCCCUUAAUUCAGAUGCUGUACAACCCAGGAGACUCCAACAUACUUCUGACGCUCAGCAUCACGUUGAACUUGUGGCUGUCGGAGGAUUUUGGCGCCACCUGGCGAAAGAUCCAUGACAGUGUUUGCCUCGUCAGAUGGGGUGCGAAGAAUAGCAUCUACUUUACAACAAACUACAACGGCUCAUGCAAUCACAAAGGAAUGUUGGAGUUAAGGAAAACAACAGACUACGGUAGAAGCUUCCAGACCAUCGCAACAAGAGUUUACUCUUUCGUACUUGGGGGGAGAUUUGUUUUUGCUUCCAUCAUGACCGGAGAGGGCACAGAGCGUAUGAUCCACGUGUCAGUAGACGGAGGACAAGUAUGGAAUAUUGCUCAGCUUCCUGCUGUCAACCACGAUCAGUUCUAUUCUAUCCUGGCAACCAAUGAAGACAUGGUAUUCAUGCACGUGGACGACCCUGAAGACUCUGGGAUUGGAACAAUCUAUGUGUCUGAUGACAGAGGAGCCGUGUUCUCCAAGUCUCUGGAGCGCCACCUCUUCACCACCACAGGAAGUGACACCGACUUCACCGCCAUUACUUCACUUAGGGGCGUUUACAUGACCAGCGUACUCACAGAGGACGGAGCUGUGGAGACAGUGAUCACAUUCGACCAAGGAGCGCGAUGGCAAACACUGCGCCGACCACAAAACAGCCAAUGUGACACAGAGACUAACAGGCCAAACAGAUGCAGACUUCACAUCCACGCCACGUACAGCACGGCCAUGAAGAUGAAUGUCCCCAUGCUGCCGCUCUCACAGCCCAGUGCAGUAGGCCUCGUUCUUGCUCAUGGCAGCGUCGGGGAUGCUGAGUCGGCUGUUAUGCCUGACGUAUAUGUGUCUGACGAUGGCGGUUACUCGUGGUUGCUGUCUCUCAGAGGCCCUCAUCACUAUGCUAUAUUGGACUCAGGGGCCCUGCUUGUGGCAGUGGAGCACAGCAACAUGGCUGUCAAUCAAAUCAAGUUUUCCACUGAUGAAGGCCGGUGUUGGCACACUUACAACUUCACCAGUGACCGUUUCCACUUCAGCGGUAUGGACAGUGAGCCGGGCUCCCGAUCCAUGAAUGUCAGCCUUUGGGGCUACAGGAAUGACUUCACCAAAUGGGUCGUAAUCACCAUCGACUUCAGGAAGCUCCUCGCCCGAGAUUGCAGCGACGAAGACUACGUGCCCUGGUUGGCUCACUCUGCUGACCCUGGCAGAUCUGAUGACGGCUGCGUGUUGGGCUUCAAGGAGACCCUCUUACGUUUAAGGAAAGAUUCGGCCUGCUGGAAUGGGAGGGACUAUGCUGUCGGCAAGCAGCUGUCACCUUGUCCUUGUACACUGGAUGAUUAUCACUGUGACUUUGGAUACUACCGACCUGAGAACAGCUCAGAGUGCGUGGAACAGGAGGAGAUGAAGGGCCGUCCUCUGGAGUUCUGUCUGAAUGGCACCACUGAAGAGCUACAGACCAGUGGUUACCGGAAGAUUCCAGGAGACCAAUGUGAAUUUGGUUUCCAACCCGUCAGAAAAGAGACAGAUCUGAGAAGGAGAUGCACCAGCAAUGUCCUACAUCCGGUUUCUCUGACUGAAAGUGCCUCACCAAACGCUGCAAUCAUAGCCAUGGUUGUCAUAGCGAUGCUGCUGAUGAGUGCCGUCAUGGGCGUUUGGAUGGUUAAGAAAUACGUCUGUGGAGGACGGUUCCUUGUGCACCGCUACUCUGUCAUGAGGGAACACGUUGAAGCUAACAAAAUAGAAGGAGUGGACGACGUGGAUGCCCAGUACAUGGAAACAGGAGCAGCGCAGUACGAGGAUUCAGAUCAGGACCUCUUGGAAUAGGUUGGACAUUUUGACCCCCUCUAGCGUUUUCUCAAUGCCUGAGCACUCUCCCUUGUCCCACAUGCUGAAUAACAUCUGCUCUCAAGUCUCGAUGACCCCCUGGUGGCUGAAGGAGGCAACAGCAGCAGGCUGAGUUAUCGCUGGUUGAGGCUCCCACAGAGACAAACUAAUGGAACUGGGUGGGGUAGGGGCCCUUAACCCAGUACAGAACACAAGAAAGGACUUUUAGGUCCCUGCAGAGCUUUUAUUGUGUCUGUCAAAAAGAUUUCUGUAAGGACAUCUGGAUCUGAAAUUGUGCUCUGUGUGAUUCCUUUCAAGAUGUUCCACAAUGCACAGUAGAGGAAUUUGUUUUUUAUCUUACAGUGUUAGGGGAUAACAAAGUAGUAGAAUACUAGAAUAAAUGCUCAGUAUUUUAGUCAAAGUCAAAAAAUAUAUUUUUUUUACUCUGUAAGAUUGAAACCUCCUAAUUAUUUGUUGUUGAUACGGGCCGUUUAAACAUUCAUUUUUAUAGUUUCACCGAUCAUCUCAAUUGAGCGAUGGUGUUCUUUAAAGCACUUUUGAUUCUAUUAACGUCUGUGAGCAAUAGCAGGCUCAUUUAAAUGUCUCCGCCACUCCCACAGAAUCAUUUUUCAUUUUUGACUGUAGGUAGUUUCACUUUUAAAAAAGUGUGACUUUCAUUCGAGGAUGCACUUUAGAUGUCAGAUGUCAAACAGUCAGUGCACACUGUUACUUAUUUACACUACAUAUUGUCUUACAACAAAUCACCCUAAAAUUAGGAACGGUAGAGUAUUAGAGUAUGGUAGAGUAUUCCAAUAUAUUUUUAGUGUCAUUUAACAUUGAUUUAAAUAACAUAUAGUCAGGAUUAGAACAGAAAGACAAGGAAUUAAAACAACCUGAUGUGCCAAAAAACAGAUGUGUUGCAGUGAGGCUUUUCAUUUGACCUGAAAUUAAAGUACCUUGAUAAAAAUGCGGAUGAAAAUAAAACUAGAAUGCGCUUUACAUUCGCCGGAUGCCGUCUUCUAAGUACAGAAGUGAUCAUAAAUUAUGUUUGAAAAAGAACCGGGGUUGCGCUCAGGUCAAUUAAUCAAUGAAGGCACCAAAAAUAGAAAUACUAUUCUUAAUGUGCAACAUCAUAUAAACGAUAUUUUUCACUCCCCACUUUGUGAGGUCAAAACAAAAGACUUGAAUUAUUGCCAAAGCACUUUUACUGUCCCGUUUUCUAACGUUGGAGCUGAAUCCACCAUAGCCCGGCAAUUAACAAUUAUAUAGGUAAUGGUAACUCGAAAACUUUACUUGAAUUUUCUGAUACAUCUGCUUAGCAACAUUCACCAGUUUAUUGUUCUGUAUUUUUGUUUGUUUUAAAUCAUGUUUCCCCACUCCAGGCAACAUAUACGUGAAGAUCAUGACAUGAAUGUCGUUGCAGGUACAACAAAUGAGCAACUGUUUGAACUGAUUUGUUACUACACACACAGCUGAAAUUUUACAUACAGGCAGGUAAUUACUACCCAGCAAAUAAGCUAUAUACUGUAGAGCUGGCCUACUAUAGUGGCAUAUUCUCAAGGACUGUUGGGUGUUUGAGAGCAGCUUCACAUGCUUGACAUCUCUUGAUAUAUACAACUGUAAAUACCCAACUAUUUACUGGCGUUUGUGAUUUAUUUUUGCACUACGUCCACAUCUGUGAAGAAACAAUCUGCAUUCUUGCCAUGUACAUGUACCAUACUCCUCUUGCUGCCGUAUAUUUCACUUGAGACUCAUGCCUUCAUGUUUUGUUGACUUUGCUGUGAUAAGACCAGGCAGGAAGUGCAUUUGAAUGACAAUAUCUUCUUGCACAGUUUGCUCUGUAUUAUAGAAUGUUAUGAAGGUAGUGACGCGUUUUCACAAUUCUUCAUCGUGCAUAUUUAAUUCCAACAAUUAUAUAUGGUCAUAUUCAUUUUCUGCGAUAAUAAAAGUUUUUUUUUAAAUGA